AUGUUGCUCGAACCUGCCAAUGCGGCGCUGUUAGCGGCCGGUUGCGGCGCUGUCUACUUGACCGUCUACAUCCUCUAUCAAAGAUAUCUACAUCCAUUGGCGAAAUAUCCGGGUCCUCUCUUAGCGUCCGUUACAGACCUAUGGCAGGUAUAUCAAUUCUUGUCCCUCAAGCAGCCAUAUACGCUCACCGAGCUUCAUCAGCAAUAUGGGCCUGUUGUUCGAUACGGUCCGGACAAGCUUAGCAUUACCUAUGAAGAAGCAGUUCCCAUCAUAUACCAGUCAGCUUCCAGGACACUGCCCAAAACCGACUUCUACAACGCUUUCGGUGGUGCGCAUCCCAAUGUUUUCGGAACAACGGACGAGGCUCAUCACUCCGUUAGGCGAAGGCACAUGUCCCACGCUUUCUCCAUGACAAGCAUCAAAGAUAUGGAGCAGUAUCUCGACGAGAACAUCAGUAUCCUUAGAGCCAAUAUCUUGAAGGCUUGUCAUACUGGGCAGGCUUUUGACCUGAAGGAGAUGCUCCACGGCUAUGUUAUUGAUGUCUUGGGCGAGUUGGCUUUUAGCAAAUCGUUCGAAUUGCAGCUCACAGGAGACCGAUCACGAGUUCCGCCGGUCAAAGAGCACACCCUACUUGGCUCCGUGUUAGGGUCCUGGCCGAGCGCGACGGCGUGGCUAAAGUGGCUGCUACCCAAGCUUCCGAUUUCCGCGGUUCAAAAUCUUUUCGAGGGUCGCCGCAAGUGUGCCGAAUUAGCCUCGCAAAGCGUUGCCAGACGUCUGACGGAUGUAAAGCUUGAAGAUGGCUCGACCGGUCUGGAAAAGACCCAGCGGAAAGAUCUCCUCACCACUCUUAUACGCGCCAAAGAUCCUGACACUGGCGCUCGGUUGACCCAGACGGACCUUGAAACUGAGGCUUUCGGGUUCAUCAUUGCUGGUACUCAUACCACGAUGGCUACAACGACGCUGCUGUUCUGGAACCUCCUUCACAACCCUACGUGCAUGGCUCAAUGUACAAACGAGAUUAUCAACAAUCUUCCUCCGUUAGACGCUGCCGAAGCCGCAUAUCCAAUCACGAAUCUGGAAUCUCUCCUACCAUAUCUUCGAGAUUGCACAAAGGAGAACUACCGCGUCACCCCGGUAUUCACAAUGCCUCUUGCCCGGCGUGUAACUGCGCCAGAGGGUAUCAACAUUGCCGGAAACCACUUCCCGCAAGGCACAUCUCUUGCCAUCUGCAACCACGCGUUGCACCACUCUUCCGACAUCUGGGGCUCAGAUCAUAAUCUUUUUGACCCAUCACGCUGGAGUGACCCUGCUACUUCAUCCAAGUCACGCAUACUGAUGCACUUUGGGCUUGGAGGUCGGCAAUGCAUUGGUAAAACGAUGGCGACGACCAAUAUCUUGAAGGUAGUCACCACAUUGCUGCGGUGCUUUGAAUUCGAGCUGGCAGAUACGGGAGAGAAGCAGGCUGUGGAGAGGGGAGACUUUAGGGGGCGUUUACCUCCAUUGAUAAGCGUCGGGGUCAGUGAUUUGGAUGGAGGUCUGUGGGUGAGGGCAAGGGAGCGUGAAUAG